AUGCCGUCAAAGAUACAACUAGACGAGAACUUGUGGUUUCUCUAUACCUGCUUGCAGAACUCAGACAUGAAAUUGAUCGAUUUUCAAGCAGUAGCUGAGGCCGCCAACAUCAAAUCUCCAGCAGCACGCAUGAGAUACACCCGACUGAAGCGCCAACUCGAAGACGGAACUCUAUUAGGUACUCGCGGAACGUCUUUCUGUCCACGAAACACGAAGAAUAUGAUUGCUAGAAAACGAGGAAGGCCAUGUAAAAAGACUGCAUUACCUUGUUUCGAGACUUCGACAGGAAAAGAAGUACCAAGAAAACAAGAGGUGGAUGAUGGGAAAUGUAAUGAUCCCACAAUCCGCAUCGUUCCUUUUGAAUUUGCUCCGAGCGCUGGAGAUAGCAACGGUUCACACCAUUCCGAGUUUCGCACAACACUUUCACCAUCACCAUCUAUCUCGUUCAGACCACAACAGCUAGUCAGCGCCUUACCUCGAAAAAUGAACUUGACAAGUGAUGUGCCACCGCCCCCCUUCCAGUUUACGAUUUCGGCCGCUUCUUUGACUGCGGCAGAUGGCAGAAGAGUAGCCUCCAGGGAUGAAAGUGGUUUAUUCGGCAGCAGUCAACAAGAUUGUGAAGUGGCGUGCCAGAGAGAACCGCUUGGAGAAAGAGUAGAGACACCUAUUGUUAUCAAAUCGGAAAGUCCAGCAACUGAGGAGUAUUUUCCUAGAAGAUCUUGGGCUCCAGGAGUGUGGGUGUCUGGGGUGCAGGGAUUGAAGCGCAAAGGAUGA